AUGAAGCAGCAGAAGCAGGCAGCAGGGACAGACAGCAGCAGGAGCGGCAGCAGGAACAGGCAGCAGCAGGAGCGGCAGCAGGAACAGUGGCGGCGGGAUCAGGCAUCAGUAGGAACGGCAGCGGGGACCGGCAGCAGCGGCGUUAGCUCAAACACGUGUGAAACGGAGCCUGCAGACCAAGCACGGGGCGAAAAAACUGGCGCCUGCAGUCAAGUGCGCGGGGCAAAAACCAAUCGCCUGCAGCCCAAAACUCCGGGAUUAAUCUGUCCGCGGUCAGCACACUCACUGUACUCACAUGCCAGGAGACUUGGGAAAAGCAACGGGACAACGCGGCACCGCCAAUCGAGGCAGGGACACGCACGGCACCGCCAGACCUUCUGCGUGCGGCAGCAGGCCACGAGGAACGAGCAGCACGGCACCCGCGGAGGGCCCCGCGGAGCAGCCCGCAGAAGAGCCCGCAGAGGAGAGCAGUGGAGAUAUGCGAACCGCAGCAGGUGCAGGGACACGGAGGGGGAGCGGACCAGUGCAGGGACGCGAAGGAGGAGCAGACCAGUGCAGGGACGUGGAGGAGGAGCAGACCAGUGCAGGGACGUGGAGGAGGAGCAGACCAGUGCAAGGACGCGGAAGCGGAGCAGACCACAAGCAGCCAGACGGAGGACGCCAGGGACGCGCCGAGUAGCGCAGAUGGUGUUUCCUUCGACCCGAACACUCCUGGGACUGAAGACACAGACUCUGCAGCUUUGUAAUAAUCAUUCAGUUUUAUUAGAGCGGAUAAAAGAAGAGGAGGUGGGGAGAGAAGAGGAGGUGGGGAGUGAAGAGGAGGUGGAGAGUAAAGAGGAGGUGGGGAGAGAAGAGGAGGUGGAGAGAGAAGGGGAGUAA